GUCACGAAAACGCGUGAUAAAGUUUAUCAAUAUUCUUUAUUUUUUCAGUAAAGGAAGUAGCUCGAAUUGCUUGCAUUAUUAUCCUGUUCGUACCGCGAAUGUGUCUCUUUUAAUUAUUAUUUGAUAAUACAGCGGUUGGUUUAGGUAUACCAAUGUGUGUAAACGCUGUUGAUGAUUUCACAGACAUCCCCUUAAAAUAUGACUCCCAAGACACUGCAUUCCAUUAUGUUCUUGUUAGAGAAAACGUCUCCAAGGCGUCAAAUAAGCUAAAACCAGCCGGUAGAACGUUGUUUGUUUUGAAUGUACCACCCUACGCCACCUCGGAAUCUCUCAAGACGGCUUUCAGCUCAACAGGAGCAGUAUCCAGCAUAAUAGUUCAAGAGAAGCCAUCCGAAGAGUGUGAUACAAUUACCGAACCUAUCAGCAGAUUUAAGGUGUGCUACGUGGUAUACGAGCAGUCGUCUUCGCUGAGGAAGCUGUUAAAAUCACGCAAACUUAAUGCAUUAAACGCGGAUGGUAAACUGCUGACAGGAAUCGACAAAUGGACCAAGGAAUACCAGGAACGUAUUCCCGAUCCGGUGGAAUUGCAGCGUGAGAUCAAUGAGUACAUGGCUGGAUACGAUCGAAACAUGUCUGAGCAGAAGGCACAACAGGAAACAGUCCCCGACGAUGAGGGUUGGGUCACCGUAUCGAAAGCCAAUGCGAACACAUUUUCACAGAGGGAAGCCACCGUUAACAAAUUGGAGGAGAAAAUCAGUAAGGGGCGUAAGCAGAAAGAGUUGAAAAAUUUCUACACCUUCCAAAUCCGAGAGGCGAAGAAGGACGAUAUUGUUAGUUUGCGAAAAAAGUACGAUCGGGACCUGAAAAAGAUGCAGCAGGUUAAGAAGACUAAACGAUUCAAACCCUAUUGAAACAAAUAAAAAACUAAACUCCAUAAA